CCUCCCGGGCACGAGAGCCAGGACUCCCUCUCUUUCGCGCAAUGGAUUAUGAGAGAAUUGACAAAGUUCAGAUGGAUAUAUAUUUAGGUGUUCCCUGAUGAUCUUGCCCACCAGUCCAAGCACAGAGAUGGGAGUAAUAUCUCCCACUAAACUGAGGAUGAAACUAUUGGGAGCUCACAGCUGCAUAAAAAUUGGAGGGAGCAAUUCAUCACAGACAUCACCUUCCAAGAUUAAGGACAUGGAAAAUUCAAAGAACAGGUUAUUAGCUGGCGAUUUUGACGAAGAAGUUAGUUGUAAAGAUUCCAAAGGUGCUGCGGAGCUUAAUGGUGUUGCAGAUUCGGAAGCUUCCGGGGUGGUCUUGUCUACAAAGGAGGUUUCAAGCUACAAACAGAGGAAUCAACCCUACUCCUGUCCAAAGGAUUUAAUUUCAAAAGAGAAGGUUGACAUGGGUCAUAUUAAAAUUCAGACUGUUUCUAAGAAUAUGUCUAAUCAGCCUCAUUCUAACAGCAACUUGAGCAUGAUUCACCCAGUGAGAACUUUGGAUGUAGAUGCUGAUGGUUAUGACAGUGGGCAUGACAAUGCCAGCACAUAUAGUUUUGAAUUUCACCGAGUGGAGAGAACAUCACAGCAUCUGAUGAUUGGCCCCUUAAAUAGGCAUGUUCCAUCAAAGUGGAAUGAUGCUGAAAAAUGGAUAGUAAGCCGACAAAUGAUGCAUCCAAAUGUCUUGAAGAAGACUGGUGGACACAAUCAGGGGAAUUGCCAAAUGAAUUCUACUUUGUCAAGGGUUGCUCCAGAAUCGACAAUUCCAGAUCAGAAGCUCCAGGUGGCAGAUAUAAGAAGAAUUGAUCCAACUAAUUCUACCUCUCAAACUUUGACGGAGAAGUUCUCUUUUGUUCCUCAUUACUCAAAUUAUAAUUUGGUUGCUGUUAGUGGUGAUUCUGGACAAAAAGAAGUGUCUCAGAAAGAGCAAUCUGUCAUGGAGAGGCUUGUUGGUGAAUCAACAGUUGUUCCAAAUGUGCAGUCAGUCUUAAUGAGAGAUGUAGGAACAGAAAUGACACCUAUUCCUAGCCAGGAGCCAUCGCGAACUGCAAGUCCUCUUGGAUCACUGUCACAGACUCAUAGCCCCAUUCCCUCCAUGCCAUCAACACCCCGAAGAGGAGAACAAGCAUCAACCCCAGCAGAGGCUACCAUAGGCAAUGAUUUAGACUCCAAAGGAAAAGAUGGCAACAAAGAAUUAUCUGAGAGAGAAUUGAAGCUGAAAACAAGGAGGGAAAUUGCUGCCCUUGGCAUACAACUAGGCAAGAUGAACAUCGCUUCCUGGGCUAGCAAAGAAGAGGUGGAACAUGCUUCUCCAGCACUUAAAGCUCUUGAUGUUGAUCAUGUGAAAAUGGAUUAUGAAGCUCGUGCAGCAGCAUGGGAAGAGGCUGAGAACACUAAACAUAUGGCAAGAUAUAGACGCGAAGAGAUCAAGGUUCAGGUGUGGGAGAGCCAUCAGAAAGAAAAAUUUGAAGCAAAAAUGAAAAAAAUUGAGGCCCAAGCAGAGCGAAUGAGAGCUCGAGCACUCAAAAGGAUGGCAGAUAAGCUAGACAUGACACAGAAGAGGGUGGAGGAGAAACGUGCCAUGGCGGAAGCCAGAAUGAACCAACAGGCCGCCAAAACAGCUCAUAAGGCCAAGCAGAUCUGCAGAACUGGUCAAAUUCCUUCAAAUUACCUGUGCUGUAGUGGGUUCUUUUAAAGCUUGAGAACUUAAUUGGACUUGAUUUCUGAUCGGUGUAGAUAAAGGAAGAGGUGUAUAUUGUUGCGCUUUUUUUUCCUGGUAAGAUAUAUGGCUGCCCUAUUCAGGUCU